AUGUAUCUUGCUCUUCUGGUGAUUUUCUUGCAGUGUUCAGAACUUUACACUGAGGAGAGAGUUUUUACUUUCAACACAGUUGAAAUCAAGGUUCAGCCAUCUGUCAAAGUAAAGAAUGGAGAUCCUAUGUCAAUUGUCUGCCAUGCUGAUAUUAGCAAAAGUGCGGAUUUCCAGCUGAAGCAUAAUUUUACAAUUUUUAAGGAUGGCAAGCUUGUGUUCAUGACUGUAUCAGACAAAGGAGAUGCACAAUAUGAAAUAUCUACGGCUAGAUCUUCAGAUACAGGAGACUAUGAAUGUACUGUGGAAGCAGGCAGAAAGACAAAAUCUAGUAACUCCUUACAUGUUUGGGUAACAGGUAUGACCAAGCCAAUCCUGACUGCUGAGAAAAAAGAAGUUUUAGAGGGUGAAGUUGUGAAAUUACGUUGUGAGCUGCCAGAAGAAGUACCUCCUUUAUAUUUCUUUUUCCGGAAGAUAAAGAUGAAUUCAACACCUAAAGAAAAAUAUGUAUAUGAACUAUAUAGAAAUUUUUCUGUAGUGGAAUUUUCUGUUGAAGAGGGAGAUAAUAUUUUACAAUUUGAUUGCUAUGGUAAGAGAAUUGUAAAACUUGAAUAUGAAACCUCAGAACACAGCAAUAAAACACUUGUUACAGUCAGGGAACCAUUUAUAAAGCCUACUCUGAAUGUCAAGCCCUCAAGUAAUAUUACAGAAGGAGACAGAAUACAGCUUGAAUGCUCAACUGUGGUAGCCCGAAUGCGUGACAUUGAAAUCAUACUCCAGAAAAACAAAACAAUACUGAACAGUGUACGAGAUGAGAAACUUUUGAGAUACUCUGCAGUAGCUACUCUAGAGGACAGUGGUGAAUACCUAUGUAAGGUGGAGCAAGGGAGAGCAUCUAAAACCACCAAACUGAAUGUUGUUGUGGCAGAGUUAUUCCCCGCACCAAUAUUGGCUACUUCUGCAAGUAAGCUGGAUGAAAAUAAAGAACUAACUUUGAGUUGCAGCAUUAGUGGUUUUCGGAAAGCUAACUUCUCUAUAUUACGGAGAAGUUCAAAUGGAGACAUCUGGUUGAAAAAUUCUAGGAACUUAACAAUGAAAGUUAAUGUGAAUGAUACUGGAUCCUAUAUCUGUAAAGCUGAAGUAAAAGGAAUAGUCAAGACGAGCAAACCUGUAAGGAUAAAUGUUUAUGCUCCAGUCUCCAAGCCAACUCUUUCCAUUGUUGGUGGUUUACCGGAAGUGGUGUUAGGGAAACCUCUACAGUUAAUCUGUCGUUCAGUGAUGGGAACGCCACCAAUAACAUUCACAUUCUACAAAGGAAAUGAAGUUAAGAAAAUAGUAAUUAAUGACACAUAUGCUACAUUCUUGGAUGAAAAUAUUAGACAAAAUGACAAAAGAGGAUAUAAAUGUGAUGCUAGAAAUAAUCACUCCAGUGGUAUGAAAGCUAGCAAUAUUCUAAACAUCACAGUAAUAGUUCCACACGGNAAUGCCAGUUUGGGCAGUAUUCCAUAUGGAGAAGUCGAAGAUGGCAGUGAGACUGCUUUUCUCUGCUCUGUGAAAGAAGGAUCUUGGCCAAUCCACUUCAGGAUUUUUCGAAAAACUGAUCGUGAAGUUCUUCUGUUUGAAAAAAGUGAAAAUGCAGACAGAGUCAUGUGGCGCAAGGAGGCAAUGAACAGCCAGGACACAGGGACGUAUUACUGCAUGGCUUCUAAUCGAGCUAAUGUGGAUGUGAAAAGUCAUCCAAUAACCAUCAGUGUCAUCUUAGCAUCUUGGCAGAAAGGUGUCAUUGCUGCAUUUGUCCUAAUACCUAUCGCAGGAGCAGUAACUCUCGCUUUAUGGUGGUUUUUGUGUAAGAAGAAAAAGGCUAAAGGACGAUCCAUGGAGAUGUCUGGUUCUGCCUUGGCUACAAACUUGACAAGUGAAAAACUGACAAGACAGCACAAUGAUGGAGACUACUAUUCAGGAUCAGGUUACAUUGAAGAUAGCGAGAAUCACAUGAAAUCAACAGAUGAGAGUAAAGGACCUGACCUUGAGAGUGCUGAGGUGGAGUACACUGAAGUUGAAGUAUCAACGCUUGAUCCUCACAGAGCUCCUGUACAGAAGGGGACUGAAACAGUUUAUAGUGAAAUCAGAAAAGCUAAUAAUGAUUCUGUGGAAAACAGGCAUUCUAGAAUACAAGGGCAUCCUGAUGCUACUUAGAGCAGUCGUCUCAAACAUCAGCUGGGAGAAGAAAACAAGCAAAGAUGGAAGAUGUUGCAAAUGUUUCUAAAGCUCUGCAGCACUUAUUUAUGAGUUUGUCAGGCUCUUCUUUUCAAAAUUUAUUUCCUCAGGGGAAACACUAGAGAUCUUCCUAAAGCAUUUAAUGGAAAAAAUUACAAAUAAAAAUUCUCAUAGGAAAGUGGCUCUAGAAACCACUGACCUAGGUUCCCAACUUUAAUUUCUCCUGAUAAUACAAUUUUGCCUUUCUAGCCUCCAAUUCAUCAUGCUCUGAGGAAAUAAAAAGGGAAGCUACAGUUGAGGAAGUACAUUUCUACAGUGCAGUAACUACUGUGAUGCUAGUAGGAUGUAGAAAUAUCUAAGCUUGCUUUAAACUAGCUAACUUGGUUAUCAGUAACACUCUACUGUGGCAGAACAGAGCUCAGCACAGCUUGGCCAGCCGUGUAUGUACUUUGACAUGAUCUUGCAGCUUGUGCUGAACUCCCAGUGCUGCAGCAGCUGGACUGCUAC